GAGGCGUCCGCCAUUAAACGAACAAGCGCUCUCUCCGCGGUCCGAGUCGCUCCCUCCCUGAGAUCGGGGCUCUCUGCCGCCCUGCAGCGGGCGCGGGCGCCGUCACAUCCCUUCCAUCGAUCGCUUCCGCCGUUGUUUAUAUCUUUUGCGUCGGCCGUCGGCUCGGGCGCCGGGGACGCCAAAGAUGGCGACCGAAGGCACGACGAUGAAGGUGGACCACCAGGCCCCGGAGACGGUCGAGACUCUCACGCGAGAGAUCGAGCAGCUCAAGGCCCGCCUCGAAGAGGAACGCAAGAAGCUCAACGACGUCGCACUGUCUACCGUGGCCCAGAGGCUAGAAGCCGUGGCCAACCUGAACAUCAAGCCUCGGAGGGUGCUCAAGGGACACCAGGGGAAAGUGCUCUGCUCAGACUGGUCCCUGGACAAGAGGCACAUCGUCAGCUCGUCCCAGGACGGCAAGAUGAUAAUCUGGGACGCCUUUACGACGAACAAGGAGCAUGCUGUCACCAUGCCCACCACAUGGGUCAUGGCGUGUGCCUACGCUCCUUCUGGCAACAUGGUGGCUUGCGGCGGUCUGGACAACAAGGUGACCGUGUACCCGCUGAGCUUCGAGGAGGACGUGUCGACCAAGAAGAAGGCAGUGGGCACGCACACCAGCUACAUGUCCUGCUGUCUCUUCCCCAACUCAGACCAACAGAUUCUGACGGGCAGCGGGGACAGCACGUGCGCUCUCUGGGACGUCGAAUGUUCCCAGCUGCUGCAGAGUUUUCACGGGCAUUCCGGCGACGUCAUGGCCCUCGACCUGUCUCCCACUGAAAUGGGCAACACGUUCGUCUCCGCGGGCUGCGACAGACAAGCCCUGGUAUGGGACAUGCGGUCGGGUCAGUGCGUCCAGUCCUUCCAGGGCCACGAGUCAGACAUCAACACGGUCAAGUUCUACCCGAGCGGGGACGCCAUUGCCACGGGCUCCGACGACGCCACGUGUCGGCUGUACGAUCUGCGAGCCGAUCGGGAGGUUGCUGUCUACUCCAAGCAAAGCAUAAUAUUUGGCGUCAACUCUGUCGACUUCUCCGUGAGCGGUCGGCUGCUCUUCGCCGGCUACAACGACUACACCGUGAACGUGUGGGACGCGCUCAAGUGCGUUCGGCUCAGCAUUCUCUACGGCCACGAGAACAGGGUGACCUGCCUCAAAGUGUCGCCGGACGGCACCGCUCUAUCGACGGGAAGCUGGGACUUCACGCUGCGGGUCUGGGCUUGAGCCGGGAGGUCUGGGAACAGGUCAUCGGACCAGGAAAAGAUCCGAGUGAGAACAAGGCGGGGGACACCGCACCUAUAGCAAGACGACACCGGAAGCAACGAAACAGGGCACAGAGCUGCGACCGAGCGGAAAGUAGCCUCGACGUCUUCGAGAGUGGGCAGCCUCUAGUCUUCUUUCUGUGGCUGGACCCCACCGAUGGACGCCGCGGUGCAGUGAAGAAGUCAACGGACCAUAGAGGACACCCAUUUAAUCUCAGCUGGAUGCCGUGAUAUACGCCAGUAGGCACGGCGGACCGAAGCAGACGUUCUUGAGGUUAGAUGCGUACUCAGACAAUGCUGACCAGUGCUUCCUUCUUCGGGGUAUAUGGAUCAUUCAAACGUGUCUCCCUGGAGCAUUGUUUGUUUGGUUGGCGACUUCAUCCUAGGUUCAAGAACGCCGGAAACGCCGGUCGCGCUCCUAUAGUACCAUUAUGGACAGUGUUAUAUGCGAUUGACUACAGAUCUUCGCUGUCCCAGGUCACCUUAAGAAGUAGGCUUUCUCGCUAGAACUCCGAAGACAACUGCACACGCCAAGGACGACUAGCCUCACUCGUUGGAAGAUAGAGAUUGCGAAUGGAGUCGCUUGUAGCGAACUAAAGAGUCGUUGGAUCGUG